AAUGGGAAUGCCAUCAUUGAGUAUUCUACUCCACGAGAUUGUCAAACUUCUGUACUAUGCUGGAUGUAAAGAUGUUGUCAUGAUCCGUAUUGGUACAUCUGGAGGCAUCGGAGUAGCUGCCGGUACUGUGGUUGUCACGGAGACUGCCGUGAAUGAGAUGCUCAAGCCGCAAUAUGAUGUUGUUAUCUUAGGUAAUACUGUUAGCAGAGAGACAGAACUGGAUAAGAAAUUGAUGGAGGACUUACUAAAAAGUAAACAAGAAGGGGAUCAGUUUGAAGUUGUUAAAGGGAAAACUAUGAGUGCUUCAGACUUUUAUGAAUGUCAGGGACGUUUGGAUGGUGCUGUGUGCGAGUACACUGAAGAUGAUAAAAUGGCUUACUUAAAAAAAGCUGAAGAAAUAGGUGUAAGAAAUAUUGAAAUGGAGGCCACUUGCUUUGCAGCCAUGUGUAAGAAAGUCGGUAUACCAGGUGCUGUUGUCUGUGUGACUCUGCUUAAUAGGCUCAAAGGUGACCAAGUAAGCACGCCAAAAGAUGAACUCAAGGCUAUGGAGAUGCAUCCCCAAAAGAUAGUCUCAAGAUACAUCAAAAAUAAACUAUCAAAAUUGUAGAGAAUACAGCCAAUGAAAUACAGAUUUUAUAAAAGUGGGUAAAAGGUAGCAUACACCUCUAUACUGACAAUUCUCUUGUCAUAUCCAUUCUUAAUCUUGAUUCCAUACAAUUGCUACACACUAACACUGACAGCUUUCGGUGAUGGUGAUCCGUCGGUCGAAUCGGGGAGCCUUCCCGGGUUGUAUCGGGGAAUGAUACACAGUACAACAAUUGCACUGAAAAUCACUGUAGCAACAGUGCAGUGACUGUAUGGAAACCAAACUUUAGAGUAAGUUGAAAUGUUAACAUGUAAAGAUUUUAUAGUCUUUUGAAAAAAAUAUAUAUUGUGUUCGAAUGCAAUUAAAUAAGAAUGAUGGUGUGCAUUUAGAAUACUAUAGCUUUUAAGCAUUCUAUAUAAUACAACUUUUUAUAAAAGGAUUCUACUUUUGAAGCAUGUCUCUUGCCACAAAAUACUGUAUUGUUUCCAGAUUUAAUUUUGGUGUACUUUUGGUGUUUAAUGUGGAAAUAGGUUGUACUUGAAUGUCAUGAAAUAUGUUUAUAAAAUUUUUGAUAGGCAUAAGAGAAAAUAUUUAUAAACAAAAAGCAAUAAGAAUAACAGUAAUAAUACUUCAAUGAUGUAUUAUAUAGUAACAAUUUCUCAAUUAUAGAUUUCAUAUAUUUAUAGUAUUUAAGAAAUUGAAUUAUAUUUUCUGACAUCAAAGUAAAACUCUAUUUCACAAGUACUAGAUUCCAAAAUUAAUUAAAUUUAUUUAUUAGAAUAAUUAUUGAUGAAAUAUACAAAAUAUCAGAUUUGUAAUAUUUUACAGAAGGUUUAAUUUUUAUGUGAGAUGUGGGAAAUGUCCAAAGAUGAUUACAGGCAAAAAUAUUGCGUGUAAUAUUCAUUUUUACCAUGAUGUUAGUACAGAAUUUACACACAAAUAUUGUAAAUACUCAUAAAAUUUACAUUUUAAUAUAAUAAUCAUGAAUUGACUUUGCAAAUUAGCAUUUUUUCUUUUGUUAUUUCCCAACAUUUGUAUUUUACCAUUUCAUAAUCUUUAUUCAGUCAAAAUAAUAGGUUAUUAUAAAAAAAAUUAUUAUGGCAAGUAACAUUAGUAAUAAUUAAACAUCCAGUACACCAUAUGUGAAAACUAUGGUUUUUGGAAAAAAAACAACAUUUUUUCUUUUGUCUCACCGAAAAUUGGGUUUUCAGUGAGAUUCCUCUAAUUGUUAUCAGCAGAAUAAUAAUUAAAACUGUAUGUUAACUGAUGCUGUUAAUAUAAAAACCAACCAUGUUGUGGUUCGUUUUACACAAAACUAAGUAAAUUGUACUUAAGAUUAGAUUGCUGCACUAGAAUACACAGUCAUUCACAGGAUUUAAUUUUUUUCUUAAAUUAUUGUUUUGCAAAACAUCCUGAUUUCUCGCCUCUUUUCUUGGAGGUGUAAUUUUCUCUUACUCUAUCUCUAAACGCUCCGAGAUUUCGCUACCAAAUGUGGUUUUUCCAAAGCCGAUGCUCGUGGGAUCGUGUGAGUUUCCUACCUAUCCGGUCCUCAAUGCGGCCUGAUGACUGACGCUGCAUGUCUUAAACUGCGGUGGUGGACCUUUUCUAUCAUUCGACACUAUUUCUACACCUCCAGUUGUACUCCUACACUUUUGGUGUCCUUAGGGAGGUCGGCUUUUACCUACCGGAACCAGAACUAGCAAUAUAAAUUUACCUCAGUGAUUCAAAUUGUACAUUAAGGUUUACUGUGCCAACGUAAAUUUACCUCAACAAGACAGUGGCUGCGCCAGUGGGGAAGGGGCUUUAUUAUAAGCCCCAGUUGGAUAUGUUAAGCCCCAUGUUGGCCUCUCUUCGUU